GAAGUGCGGGUGGGGGCGCGAAUGAUCUGCGCGUCGUUUUAACGUAGCCGAAGACUGACGUCAACGGUUCGGCUUGUCCGGAGAUUGCUGUAGAGUCAUCUAGAGAGCCGAUCGUUCAGAAAGUUAAUAUAUAAUAUCCCACUUGAUCCUCAAUCGAGUAGAUCUGUUUUGUAAGUUGUUGUGCUGUGGUGAUAGCCGCGUGUUUUGUUGUGUGUUUGUAAAAGGAAGCUAUGGCCACCGAAGUCGAAAAUAACGCACCCGAAACAAAGGAAAUCAAAGAAGAAAUACCGUCCGGCGACAACAAAGCCGAAGAGGCCGGCAAACAAGAUAAUGCCGGCGGCGACGCGCCCACCCCAAAAGAAAAAGAACCGGCUCCACCGAAAGUUCUAGUACACAAAAGUAAUUUCGAAAAAGAUGUCGUUUAUUUGUAUCAAUUUUCGCGUACGCCACUUUUACCAUCUCUCUCGCCCUAUUGUUUGAAAGUCGAAACAUGGUUGAGACUUGCCGGCGUCAAAUAUGAGAACGUGGACCACAAAAUGAAAUACCGUUCGAAGAAAGGCCAGUUGCCGUUCAUAGAAUUGAACGGUGAAGAAAUAGCGGACAGUGCCAUCAUCAUGAAGGAAUUAUCCCAGAGAUUCGGUCACGAUUUGGAUAUAUGUUUGUCGGCGGAACAAAGAAAUUUGGCGCACACCACCAUUUCCAUGAUCGAAAAUCAUCUGGCUUGGGUAGUUAUGUGGUGGCGCACCAAAUUCCCCGAUCAAGUGCUCAAAGGGUAUAAAGUUAAUUUGCAACACGCUCUUGGAACUAGGAUACCCAACGGAAUACUCAAUUUCUUUUUCAAAUUCGCUUUCGGCAGAAAGUGGUUCCAGGGAACGAAAAAAGUGAAAGCUCAAGGCAUGGGUGUACAUUCCGCAGAAGAAAUCAACGAAUUCGGUCAACAAGAUUUGAAAGUACUAUCAGAUAUGUUAGCAGACAAACCGUUCUUCUUCGGAGACGAACCUACCAAUUUGGAUGUCGUGGUAUUCGCUCAUUUAGCACAAAUCUAUUUCAUCGACAAAGAAGUCAGUUAUCCAUUGAGGGACUACAUGACGGAAACUUGCCCGAAUUUAGUAGGACUUGUCAAUCGCAUGAAGGAACGUUGUUUUCCGGAUUGGGACGAUAUUUGCACAACUUUGGAUUUGAACUCGCAUUUACCCAAACCUAAAGCCGAAGAAUCGAAAGAUAACAAAGAAGAAAGCAAAGACGAGAAGGAAGGAGAUAAAGAGAAAGAACCAGAAGAGAAAGAUCUCGAAAAGGAAAAGGCUGACGAAAAAGAAAAGGACAAGGCUAACGAAAAAUCAGAAGAAAAUAAGGAAAAAGAAGGAAAAUAAAGAGGAAUAAAUUGAAUUGAUUAUCUCACAAGCCCCACUGCCGAGGCUCGUUUUUUAUUCUAUUAUUUUCUUUCGUUAUCUAUCAUCUUCAAAAAAAAAAAACUUUUUCAUAUUUUUUUUUGUUUCGAUUCAUAAACUUGUGCAACAAUCUAGUUUAUAAGAUCCAUACACUUUUUUCAUUGUAAUGAAAACAUAAAAAAUACUCUUACGGAUGACAGUUAUUGUAGCUUUUUUUAUAAAAAAAAAAUAUAGAGGACACUUAUUCACAAGAUAUAUUCAUUAAUAAAAGUUAAGGACAAAUUGUUUGUAUAAAAUAAUUUUUUUUAUCGUAAGCAAAAUGUAUGUCACAAAAAAACGAGGAUAAAUUUGACAGGCAGAAAAAAUGUCACAUACAAUCAAAAUAUCCUGUACUAUUAUAUUUAAAUGAAAAUCGUCCAGUUCAAAGGACCAAUUAUACAUCUUAUACAGGGUGAUCUGAUCGGACAUCAAACAUUCUUUCGGCCUUUCAUAAUACAUGUAGUGCAGUCUCAGUGUAUCACUUAAUAAUAUUUCCAAUUAGUAAUACAUUUAAAUUACAGUAUAUUCAUUCCAUUUGUUAUGGGCUUGUUUCUCGUACUUAUCUACCACUCGCGCCAUCUAAUUUUCAAUAAACGUAAAAUAUUUAAAGACAAAGUACAUUUGAACUACUACCAAUAUUAGUAUGUUGUAUAAUCAUUAAAACUGAUAGAGGAUAUUAAAUUAGAAGUUAGUUUACAGUUUCGAUACAAAAUUUUUGUCAUUCGACAAGUUAAAAAUGCUAAUUAUGAUGUUAUAUUGAAUAUUACUUGGUAUUAUACAUGUUUUCAUACUUAUCUAUCGUGCUUUUCUUACUUCUACAAGGGAGAGUACAUUUGAACUACUUUUAUUAUAUUCAUGUAUGUUUUACUUCCAUGAUAUCUAAAAUUGUAUUUAUUUUAUAUAAAAAACAGUUUUUUUCAAUUCUAUACACUAUUAAGAGUAUUUUCAAUCAAAAUUUAUUUUUUUUUGAACUAAUUAUUGUUAGAAUGGAAUAUAAGAGUAAAUCGAAUAACAAAUUUCUCACUGCUCGAUAUUUCACUAUAGAUUCCUUCAUUUAGUGAGAUCACAAUGUUUUUAGUUUCAUAUCUCAUCCUUAUCGACUAUUUACACUAGUUUAUGUCCAAUCAAUUUCGAAUAUUCCAAGAAAAAUGUUCUACGAAUGAUGGUACAUUUGAACUACUAUCAGUAUAUGUGUAAAUAUGACAUAAAAUACAGUUUUUUCAAAUCCUAUCGAUUAUUUAAAGGAUUUUUUCAUCAAAUAACAAUUUUUUUUAAUAUCUACUUCAACAGGACAUUAUUUUUGACAAAAUUAUAAGCGAGUGGUUAUUUGAACGAGACAUAAGACUGAAUCGCAUCACAAAAUUCUCAUUGCUUGACAUUUUAUAUUGUAGAUUUUUUUUAUUUUGAAAAGAUUUGUUGAGAAGCAUUGAAAUUCGUAUUUUGAACGGUCAAAUUCAAUACGGAUUCUCGUUAAUAUUUUAAUUUAUAGAUAUUAUCGUAAUACAUUACUACAACUGUGUUGUAUGCUAUAUUGAUUUAAUUAAAUUGGUAUUUUAAGUUA